CCUGGGGUGGGGAGGAGCCUGCAACCCAGGUAUAUGCCAUUGACUGGAAUUGAACCUGGAACCCUUCAGUCCACAGGCUGAAACUCUAUCCACUGAGCCAAACCGGCAAGGGCCUGAUUGUUAAGAGAUGAGAAAAUUAACCUAAGCUUUGGCUCUCUUGAAAACUUGGCUACACUGAAAUUCUUCUUACAGCAAAGUGUGUGUGUGUGUUUUUCAAUUCAUGCCAACUUCGGGAAAUACUGGUGAGGUGAGAAAGAGUAAGAUGUGAGCAGAACAAUUUAGAAUUGUAGAAAAAUAGCCACAGCAGCAAGUUUCAUUCUUUCAACAGUUUUUUUUUAAAUAUAUUUUUAUUGAUUUGAGAGAGUAAGGGAGAGAAACAUCAAUGAUGAGAGAGAAUCAUUGAUCAGCUGCCUACUGCACACCCCACAUUGGGGAUGGAGUCCGCAACCCAGGCAUGUGCCCUUGACCGGAAUCGAAUCUGGGCUGACUCUUUAUCCACUGAGCCAAACCGGCUAGGGCUCAACAGUCUUUUAUUAAUAAUGUCACUGCUUCAGAGGCUGUGUUACACAGCAGUGAAUAAAGGAACAGGUUCCCUACCAGGCUUCAUCAAAGGCUUUAUUAAAAGGGUAGCCAAUCACCAAAGAGAAAAUAUUCUAUGUUAUAGUAAAUUCUUAGGUGACAGGUGAUGUGAAAACACAGAGGUGGCAAAUGUAGGUUUAUAGUUCUAAUACAAUAUUAGAAGAAUAAUCAUACAAUAAUAAACUGUGUUUUGCAUACUCACAACUGUAAACCUACUUUUUCUACCCUGUAUAAACUGAGCAGCACUCAGGAAUGACAAGCAUGUGGCUCCUGAAGAUUUUAAGAGCACACAUUAAAAGGAGAGGUGCCCUGACUGGUUUGGCUUAGCAGGUAGAGUGUUAGCCUGUGCAUAGAGGGGUUCCGGGUUCGAUUCCAGUCGGGGGCACAUGCCCUGGUUAUGGGCUUGAUCCCCAAUGGGGAGUGUGCAGGAGGCGGAAGAUCAGUGAUUCUCUCAUCAUUGACGUUUCUAUCUCUCUCUCCCUUACUCUCUCAAAUCAAUUAAAAAAUAUAUAUUCAUUUAUAAAUAAAUAACAUAAAGGAAGGGAGCAAAGGGAUUUGAGUAUAUUGGGAAGAUGUUUCAUGGACAAGAAAGUGCUGUCCAGUGUUCCCAUGCCAGCCGUUCACCAGGAGUGUCAGACUCUGACCAUUGUUUCGGUUUCAGGAUGCUGGAGAUUAUUUUUAUUUAGAACUGACUUCUAUAAUUUAUGGCAAGUUUAAAAAAUUUUUAAACUCUUCUGUUAGAUUAUUUAGGGCUUUUUGCUUUGUUUUCUUAAUAUAUUUUCAUUGAUUUUAGAGAGAAAGGGAGAAGGAGAGACAUAUAGAAACAUCAAUGAUGAGACAGAAUUAUUGAUCAGCUUCCUCCUGCACACUCCACACUGGUAUCUAGCCCACAACCCGGGCAUGUAACAUGACCAGAAUCGAACUCUGACCUGGUUCAUAGGUUGAUGUUCAAACACUGAAACACGCCAGCCAGCAAGAAUUAUUAUUGAUUUUAAUAUUUAUUGCACAGAUGCAUACCCAUAACUACUUUUUAUAUUUUGUGUGAUUUUUUUAAGUUUCUGAGUUAUACAUGGCUCAACUUUCAUUGUGAAUAUAGACUUCAUUUACUCUAAAUAUUGUUUAUAAAUAUGUUCAUAGUCUCAUCACAUUGAAAUGUCUAAAACAUCAUCACACCUGACAUGUUAGAUAUGUCUAUAAAGGACAAAUUUUUUUUCACUAUGAGAAUUACAAUAGCAUUUUCUCAUGAAGAAAACCACCAAUAACAAAAGUCAAUUUUUCCACUUUUUAAAAAUUUAUAUCUUAGUUGAUGUUCAAAUUAAAACGAAACAGUAGAGUUCCAUUUAAAGUUUAUAUUAUGCCCUGGCAGGUGUUUCUAAGUGGAUUGAGAGUCCUCCCAUGGAUCAACAGAUCCUGGAGUUCCAUUCCUGGUCAGGGCACAUCCCCAGAUUGUGGACUCAAUCCCCAAUAGGGGGCGUGCAGGGGACAGCCAAAGGAUGUGUCUCUCUCAUGGUGUCUGUAUCUCUCCCAGUCUAUCCAAAAAAUAAAGUUUAUAUUAUGCAUCUUAGUUCUUUUUUAUUUCAAAAGUCUGUCCUAUAUUCCUAUGUUACAUUUUUCCUAUUCAUAUAUGAUGGUUUAAGUAGGUCAUUUUGGGAUAAGAUGUUCUAGACUCUAAUGCAUUCAUACCUCUUUAUUAUGAGUCGCUGUAUUGGGCUCAGGGAUCACGUGUUUUCAUUUGCACGUACUCAGGUCCCUUCACCAGGAAAAGAUAACUUUCUUUAGCCAUUUUCAAGAUGACUCUUUCAUUAGGAUGGGAAGCCUCUCCAGAGGGCUAUCUUGGUUUUUUCCCCUGGUGGUGAGGUGGGUAAACCCUGGACCCCAGCCUGGGACUAACCCACAUUAUGCAAAAGCGAAAUCUGCAAUACCACGCGGAAACCAAUGAAGGGUCAGAAAAUGCGCUUCCGGUGAAGUACUAGAGGCGGUACUUCCGGUGGCCGCAAGGGAGGCAUUUUGUCUGGACUCGGGUACCGUCGCUACCUUAUCGGAGAUUCCAGAUCGCUAGUUUCUAGUGGAGAUGCCCCGAGGGAAAAGCCGGGAGAGCUGUGGUGCACACAGCACACGCGCGGGUGUGAAGAUGGUAACGCGGGGGACCCGCUCCGUGGCCGGGACAGGGACCGCCCUUCCCGCGGCUGCCUUUUCUCCCGCCGCUCCCGCCCUGCUUCCUCCACUGAGUGCAAUGGCCGCAUCCGCACUGAGUCGCUGGGCUCAGGUGAGUGCGAGUCCCCGGGCCCUCACCGCCUCCUCACACGGAACAGGGCAUCCCCGGGGGCGGGAGCCUGUCCCGUCCUGCAGCUCAGUCCCGCGUGGAGGCCCGUGAGGAAGGCGGAGGGGAGAGAGGAGUGUUGUGGCUUCUGAGGACACAGCAAGUGCAGGGCAGAGAGGACAGGGGUGACUAGUAUCUGAGGUUCCCAUGAGGAUGUGGAUGGUGAGUAUUGAAGUAAAGAUCAGAGGCAGACGGGGAGGACGUCACAAUCUCAAUCCGGGCUUUCUGGGCUCCGGGAUCCAUCAGUGGGCUGCUUGGACCUGGUUCUGGCUGAAAUACAAGCUCUCUCGGAUAGCAUGCCAAGUUCAUGGGUGAGUCCAGCGAGAUCCAGUGGCAUUGGGGCAGGAAGGGGGCAGAGCUGAGGGAGUGAACCUGGGAUAUGAACAUGGGAAGGGGAUAAACAUUACGCAGAGGUGUGCACAUCUGGAGGAAGUGUGAGCUGAUGGUCCCGGACCUGGUGUGGGGACUUAGAGUGAAGCAUAAGCCUCGGUUUGUCUUUGUCUUGGAGGCAUAAUCUGGGAGACUGCAGUGGUAUUGAUUGGCAGGAAGCCUGGGGUCCUGCAGGCAUCACCCAGAGCUUAGAUAGUGUUUCUGUGCUGUCCCCCUUCCCAACUGAGCUGCUCUGCUGAGGGCCAUGCAGUGAGUAAUGGGACUGUGACAAGAGAGCAGCCUGCACUGGCGUUAGGGCCUGGUAUCCACACUAACCUGGGUGCCCUGGAGGAGAUUGAGGGUGGGGAACGUGUGUGUAAGGAGUAGGAGUGCAGGUUCUCAGAGAGGCAGCUCUGGUUUCAAUUGUCUCAAUUCUAACAGGUUGGGGUGACCUUUGAGGACAUUGCCCUGUACUUCUCCAGGGAGGAAUGGAGCCUCCUUGAUGAGGGUCAGAGACAGCUGUACCUGAAUGUGAUGCUGGAGAACUUUGAACUUAUAUCCUCCCUGGGUUGCUGCUGUGGAGCAGAGAAUGUGGAGGCACCUUUUGAAGAGAACAUUUCUGUAAGAGUGUCACAGGCAAUGAAUGCCAAGUUAGCUUUGUCUUCCCAGAAGAGCCACCCCUGUGAGAGUUGUGGACUAGUUUUGAGAAACAUUUUCCACUUGACUCAUCAGCAGGUAUUACAACACAGGCAGAUACUGUUGAGGUGUGGGGCAUGUGCAAAACAAAUUUAUUUCAGUGCACAGUUUCACCAGCACCAGCAGCAGUACUUGAGAGAGAAGCCUUUGAUAAGAGAGGUGAACAGUGUCUCACUUGAAAACAGCUGCAAUUUCAAUGUGUUUCAGAAGCUUUUUACCUGUGGAGAGGUGGAGCAGGACAUCCUUAGCAUGGCAGGCCAUUUCCAGCAAAAGGAUACUCAGAUCAGUGACAAGCCAAAUGGUAUCUCAAUGUUUGGGGUGACAUAUCAAGGGAAAAAUAAUUAUUUUACUACAAAAGAAAGUAAGAAAGCCAUUGGCUAUAACUACACGUGUAUUUGGGACAACGGUGUCCCUACUGGCAAAGCAUAUUUCUGUUGCCGUGAAUGUGGAAAAUAUUUUGCCCAAUUUUCUACUUUUUGUUACCAUCAGAGAUUUCAUGCAGAAAAACAGCUUUAUGAGCACAGUGAAUUUGGGAAUUCUUUUACCAGUAUUACUGGCCUCCUUUCUCAUCAGAGUUGUCACAAAGGUGAAAGGCCUUAUCAAUGUAUUGAAUGUGGAAAAUCUUUUACCAGGAUGUGUUUUCUUCGUGAUCAUCAGAUAGUUCACACUGGAAAAAUGCCUUAUGAGUGCAGUGAAUGCGAAAAAUCUUUUACCUGUAAAAGUGGCCUCCGUUACCAUCAGAUGAGAGUUCACACUGGAGAAAGGCCUUAUGAGUGUAAUGAAUGUGGGCAAUCUUUUGUCAGUAGUAGUGGCUUCCGUUAUCAUCAGAAAUUGCACACUGGAGAAAGGCAUAAGUGCAAUGAAUGUGAGAAAUCUUUUAACAGUAUCUAUCAUCUUCGUUAUCAUCAGAGAGUUCAUACUGGAGAAAGGCUUUAUGAGUGCAGUGAAUGUGGGAAAUCAUUUGUUCAGAAACAUGGCUUCCAAUGUCAUCAGAGAAUUCACACUGGAGAAAAGCCUUAUGAGUGUAGUGAAUGUGGGAAAUCAUUUACUCGGAAUAAUGUCCUUAAUCGUCAUAAGAGAAUUCACACUGGGGAAAAGCCUCAUGUGUGCAGUGAAUGCGGAAAAUCUUUUACCUGUGGAAGUAGCCUUCGUUACCAUCAGAUGGGAGUUCACACUGGAGAAAGGCCUUUUGAGUGCAAUGAAUGUGGGAAAUCUUUUACCAGUAGUAGUGCCUUCCGUCGUCAUCAGAAAAUUCACACUGGAGUAAGGCCUUAUGAGUGCAAUGAAUGUGGAAAAUCUUUUAUUAGUGGUAGUAGCUUCCGUCGUCAUCUGAGAGUUCACACUGGAGAAAAGCCUUAUGUGUGCAGUGAGUGUGGGAAGUCUUUUACCACCAAGUAUUGCCUUAAUUGUCAUGAGAAAAUUCACACUAGAGAAAGGCCUGAUGAGUGUAGUUAAUAUGGGAAAUCUUUUAUACAAAAUUCUAACCCUACUCCCCACAUAAGAGUUCACAUUGGAGGAAGGUCUUGGAUAUGUAGGAAAUGUAGAUUUUUUUAGUUCACCCAUAGCAAUACUAUAAGAAAUUCCAUGAAGCCCUAUUUGUCUGAACUGAAUCUCAUACACUGCAACAUCAAGAGUAGGGAGAUUCCCAAUAAAUUUGAGUGCUGUGAAAA